AUGAUGCUAAUAUGGGACCUGCGUCUCCUCGCCGCUUCGUUUGCGACUAUGGUUUGGGGGAUUAACCCUCACCUCGGUUCAUAUGAGUUCCCGGCUUGGAUGGGCCAGACCUUCGGGUAUCAAAGUCCUAGCCCUCCUAUAGCAAGGGCUUGUGGUAUGAUAGCGCUUGAUGAUGUCGGCUCGGAUGCGGUGGCGUAUCAAGGGAAUGGGCGCGCCCCCUAA